AUGUGCGAUACUGCAAAUACAGUUUCAAAUUCACCAUCUAUAGAAUCAUCUCCUCAAGCGUUGCCCGAUUCGGAAACGCUUCCAACAAUUAGACCUCCAUUCCCACCAGUUAUUAAGGUUGAGGAUUUAAUUUCGCUUAGAGAAUCCUCAGAUGGUACUCAAAUGUUUCCAUCUCGAGCUCCAAAUGCAUUUAUAAUUUACAGGAAACAAUUCGUAAAAGCCGCGCGAGAUAGUGGUUAUUUUCUACCUAUGACAGUAAUUUCAUCCUUGUGUUCUCGAGCUUGGGAGAAUGAGGAUGAAGUAGUUAAACUAACAUAUAAAAAAAUUGCGAGGGAAACUUACGUUAAAAGAAAAGAAAUGUAUCCAAAAACAUCUAAGAGAAAAAGAAAAAAAGAUCUUUGGAAUAUUGUUCAAUUUAAACCAAAAUCAAUACCUGAUGCUACGAAUAAUGAAUUAUUAAAAACUGAACCAAAUCUCUUUUACUCAAACCCUAGUUAUAUCAACAACGGCAGUGAUAUAAAUCAAUCUUUUCAUAAUUCUAUUGACUAUAAUCACGAAUCUUUAGAAUUCGUGCAAUUUAGUAGUAAUUAUUAUAAUGAUUUCCCAUAUACAUUAGCAUAUCAAAAUAUUCAAAAUACUUUGCCUUUCGAACCAGCAACUUUUGAAAAUGUAAAUAUCGAUUCAAAUAAUUAUUACAUUUUCUUACCAGAUAACGCGGUAAUGUGUACUUCAGAUAUGUUAGCACCGCAAUAG